UAAUCAGGAAACCAAGGGCCAAAGCAGUGGAAGGGUCCAGUUACUACAGAGUAAAGGAGCCAGGAUUGGAUUCUAGUCCAGGGUCUUUCUUUUCUACUUUAUCACGUUCACAGUGUUUAUUUCUAAAAUGUUCUAGUGCUGACUAUAAAUGUAGGUUUUUGGAUAAUUUGUGAUGCUGUUCCUGUCUAAAGAUGGAGAAGUUUGAGUUGACUACCUACUUGUAGAAACAUGAAUUGAUGUAAAAUUGGAUGAGCUUUUAUUAACAUUUAAGGCAGUAUGCUACUUUGUAAUAGAAAUUUACGAUGAGUGUGAAUUUCCUGACUUGGUAGAAUAAUACAUGAAAAUUUGUGAGAAGGGGAAUACUGCUUUCAUAUCUUAUGAUCAAUGGAUAAAGUGGGGAAAAUGUGGAGUAACUUCAAAUACAGAUGUCAGAAUCUCUUCAGUCAUGAGGGAGGAAGCCGUAAUGAAAACAUGGAUAUGCAUUCCAGCAGGUGUUUAUCUGUCAAAGAGAAAAACAUUGGUGUUGGAGACUCAGCUCCUCAGCAACAAAGCAGUCCCUUAAGAGAAAAUAUUGCCUUACAACUGGGAUUUAGCCCUUCAAAGAGUUCUUCAAGGAGAAGCCGAAACUGUGCCACUGAAAUUCCUCAGAUUGUGGAAAUAAGCAUCGAAAAGGAUAAUGAUUCGUGUGUCACCCCAGGAACAAGACUUGCAAGAAGAGAUUCCUACUCUCGACAUGCUCCAUGGGGUGGAAAGAAAAAACAUUCCUGUUCCACUAAAACUCAGAGUUCACUAGACAGUGAGAAAAAGUUUGGUCGAACUCGAAGUGGUCUUCAAAGGAGAGAAAGACGAUACGGUGUCAGCUCAGUGCAUGAUAUGGACAGUAUUUCCAGCAGAACUGUCGGAAGUCGCUCUCUGAGACAGAGGCUACAGGAUACCGUGGGCUUGUGCUUCCCCAUGAGAACUUACAACAAACAGUCAAAGCCCCUGUUUUCUAACAAAAGGAAAAUACACCUUUCUGAAUUAAUGCUUGAAAAAUGCCCUUUUCCUGCUGGUUCAGAUUUAGCCCAAAAAUGGCACUUAAUUAAACAACAUACAGCACCUGUGAGCCCACAUUCAACUUUUUUUGAUACAUUUGAUCCAUCCCUUGUCUCUACAGAAGACGAAGAAGAUAGACUUAGAGAAAGAAGGCGGCUUAGUAUUGAAGAAGGGGUUGACCCUCCACCCAAUGCACAAAUACACACAUUUGAAGCCACUGCACAGGUUAAUCCAUUAUAUAAACUGGGACCAAAAUUAGCUCCUGGAAUGACUGAAAUAAGUGGGGAGAGUUGUGCAAUUCCUCAAGCUAAUUGUGACUCCGAAGAGGACACAACCACCCUGUGUUUGCAGUCACGUAGGCCGAAGCAACGUCAGGUAUCUGGAGAUAGCCAUGCCCACAUUAGCAGACAGGGAGCUUGGAAAGUCCAUACACAGAUUGACUAUAUACACUGCCUCGUGCCUGAUUUGCUUCAGAUUACAGGUAAUCCCUGCUACUGGGGAGUGAUGGACCGAUACGAAGCAGAAGCCCUUCUAGAAGGAAAGCCCGAAGGCACGUUUUUGCUCAGGGACUCUGCACAAGAGGACUACCUCUUCUCUGUGAGCUUCCGUCGCUACAACAGAUCCCUGCAUGCCCGAAUUGAACAAUGGAAUCACAACUUUAGUUUUGAUGCUCAUGACCCAUGUGUAUUUCACUCCUCCACUGUAACAGGACUUUUGGAACACUAUAAGGAUCCUAGUUCUUGCAUGUUUUUUGAACCAUUGCUUACUAUAUCACUAAAUAGGACUUUCCCUUUUAGCCUGCAGUAUAUCUGCCGUGCAGUGAUCUGCAGGUGCACUACGUAUGAUGGAAUUGAUGGGCUCCCUUUACCAUCAAUGUUACAGGAUUUUUUAAAAGAGUAUCAUUACAAACAAAAAGUCAGAGUUCGCUGGUUAGAACGAGAACCAGUCAAGGCAAAGUAAACUUUCCUGUCCCAAAAGAGCAUUAAUUAGACUUGCUUUUAUGUGCAUCAGACAGUACACAUGCAGUAAGCACACAGAUCAGUGUUAGGUUUUUCAGUUCAGUAUGUAAGUUUAGUGUUAGUAUCUGUCAGAUGCAAUAUGCUGUUACUCAGAUAAACGUGGUGCCUAUUGAGACAACAGUGGUAAGAACUAGGUGUUCAGUAAGGCUACAAAAAAGCAUUUUGGCUGAUUUAGCUGAAGGUUUGGUUUGUAAUGGCUGUAGUAAUUGAAUGAGGCGACUCUGGGGCAUUUGCUAUGAAGAAUUCUAUUUCUUACUGAAAAUCAAGCUAUUAAUAUUGGAUGAGUAUUUCAACAGUGUGACUUAAUGUUUGAAAUUAUUAUUUUUUUCUAAGAACUUUUCUAUCACCUUCCAAGAAUAGUAAUGUUUGUAGUUAACGAUAAAUCAAGCUUUGGAAGUCAAAAAAAUAAAGACUGCCUUCCUUUUAGAAAAAAAAAAAUGCAAUUUUUCUGGCUACAAGGGCAUAGUGUAUUUCAUACAAGUGUUGUUAUAGUUACAGGCAGCUCACUCUAUUCUGUAAAAGGUAAUGUUAAGUAAGCCAGGUUUCCCAAGGAGUAGUGCUUAAAGUUUCAGAAGUUGGCAGUAGAAUUUUAUUUAAAGACCUUAGGUUUUUUAAAAUAAGUGCUUUAACUUAAAACAUUUGAAAAAUGACUGCUGUGAUGUAGUCGUGCAUGUGAUUUUUUUCUUUAAGUUAACAUAUACAGUCUUAUCAUUGAUUGAUUAAAGUUGGGUCUUUUCCUAUGCCCACUAGGAGUUUGUGAACCACAAAAAAGAUAAGGCUAGAAGAUGCCCACACAAGUCAGAUGAUAAUAACUACAGUGGUUAAUGAUGUUAAGAUUAUUGUUAAACUGUAGUCAAUACUUUUGAUGGCAGUAUUAUCUCUUUGCUAUAAAUAAACUCUCAUAGCUUAACCACAGGUGUACAAUUUAUAGAAUUUCAGUGCAGUUAUCAGUGAAAAAUCUGAAACUUCAAUUGCAGAUGUAAAAGGUACUGUACAACCAUUGUGUCUGUAAAUAACCUACUUAGCACCUUUUUGUCACUUAGAAUGGUAUGCAAUACUACUUGAGUGAACUAUUUUGGAAGUAAUACCAAGUUCUAGUGUUUGCUUCUUAGUAAUGAACUGAAUUUGCAGUUCAGUCCUAGACAUUUUGCACUAAAGUAGUCAAAUUCAUUCUUGUGUCUUUUUGAUACUGUGCUCUGUACCACUGGUGAGUACUCCUUAGUUCCCUUACCUGCUGCUACAGAAAUUUAUUUUAUAUCCUGUUGGCUUUUGCCAAGGCUACGAAAAAAAAAGAAGAAAGAAGGCUAUAUUUGUAUGCAACACUAACCCUUUGCUAAUGUAUGUUUCUGCUUGCUGUGCCUUGUUAUGGCUGCUUAUUGUGCUAAUAAAGUAUGUUUGGUGUUCUUAUUGUAUAUCUACUGUCUUAUACAUUUGCAACAACUUUUCUUGUAAAUGGUUUGGGGUUUUUAAAUAAGCAUUACCUGACAACCUAAUGUAGUUAAUGCAAGAUUACUGUACAGCCUACUAUUGACUUAUUCUGAGCAAGCUAACUCUCAGUUUAGUGCUACACUUCCUUCUGAUCAUAGUAACAUAUACUGUGGAACAGUAUCUAUAGUUAAUUAAAAUUACUGUACAGUUUAGAUCAUAACAGAAAACAGAGAAAUAUCGACUAGACGUGUUGCUUUCUCUGCUUAUAUGUGAAAGAUUGGAACUAUCAAUGAUGUCGCCUCUCACUGUAUCAGAAACAGGUUAAAUGACAUCUUGUGAAUUAAUAAUACAUCAGCACCUUUUAUUGGUUUGGGGACCACUUUAAUUAAUAAUAAAUUUCCAAAAUGAAGAACUUUAACCAAAGACUUGUCCAUUUUAAAACAAAAUGGGGAUAGAAGGGACUUAUAAUUCCUGUUAUUUCUAAUAGAAGUCCCUGAAGAACAUAUACCAAAGUGUUUGAGGACUUUAUCCAAACCUACUUUAAAGCAUAUGUGCAAUUUAGUUGUUAUAACAUAAUUAUAUUGCAUAAUUGUUGGGUCUGUUUUCUUGAGCUUAUAAUAUACCUAAAAAAUAAACCUCUUGAGGAAAAAAUGUCCAUAAUGAUUAUUGGAGAAGACUAGAUAGGCAAGCAAGAUAUUGUUUUAAAGAGGUAACUUGAAACUCCAAGAAAGCACUUGAUGUUUUAUAUGGUUGUAGCAAAUUAAUGUUCUAAUUGUAGUUUUAUAGAAAGUAGUAAUGCUUUUAUGUAUUUCAGAACUUUUGUAUGUCAAUUGGAAAUUGUUUUAAAUGUAUAAAUAUUUGAGUUUAUGUAAGCAUGUAUACACUGUGCUAAAAGUCAAAUGUUUGUGUGUAAUAUGCAACUUUUGGUUUUAAAUUUUUUCUCAAAAAAAAAGUGGCUUACAUUUAAAAAAACAAAAAAGAAAAAUCACCAGCAUGAACUUACACCUAAGUCUAUAUUCACUGUGUCUUUUUCUGAAUCCAUUGUAACCUGUCAAUUUAUGUUUUAUGGGUUUUUGGAAAUAAUACAAACCAGGAAAUUCUCUAGAAGUUUGGACUAAAAGCAUCUUCAUAGUGAAGUAAUUUACUCAAGAACUGGCUUUUCUGAUCCUAUUCAUUCUCACUUUGCUCUUCUCUUGAUAAACGCACACACAUAAAUAUAUAAUAUUGGGGCCAGCCGGUGGCACACCUGGUUAAGCACACACACUUUGUAGUGCUCAAGGACCUGGGUUCAAGCCCUUGCUCCCCACCUACAGAGGGAAAACUUCACGAAUGAAGUAGAGCUGCAGCUGUCUGUCUCUCUCCCUCUCUAUUUUCCCCCUCCCCUCUCAAUUCCUCUCUGUCUCUAUCCAAUAAUAAAGUAAAAAUUAAAAAGAAAAAAGUAAAUAUAUAAUAUUAAUAUUACUCAAUAAUAUUGUUACCUAAUUUUAGGUCAUUAUAGAGGCCUUAUUUUUAUAUUUAUAUUAUCUUUGUACCAUUCAAAUUUCAUUAUUUGCACAUAAAAUUUAGACUUGCUACCAUUGUCUUCUUUAUAAUACAAUCAUCCUACAAAGAGAAAACAGUCUUCAGUAUUUUCCUUCUUGGCUAAGCACAAUAAAAAAAUUUUUUUUUAAUAAAUAAUAACAAAUAAGCAUCAGGGAGCUACCUCAGUAGCAGUGCACAGAAUUUGUAUUAAUGAGGUUCAAGGUUCUAUCACCAGCACCACAGGUGCUAGAGCUGAGCUGUCUUUUCUUAAAACAAAAAUUAAGCCCAAGUAAUGCACUCCACAGAUUGAUCUGUGUUCUUACAGGCUGUUUGAAAGUUUACAUAGGGUUUAUAAUUCUGCCAAAAGCGCAGUACUUGGAAGUCUUUUUCAAAAGCUUUCUUUUUUAAAAUAUUUUAUUUACUUGUUACUUCUUAGAGACAGAAAUCUAGAGGCAGGUAAAGAGGGUGAGUCACCCGCCGCCCUGCUUCACUGGCUAGAAGCUGUCCCCCUGCAGGUGGGGACCGGACUUGAACUCUGGUCCUUGCACAUUGUAACUUGUUUGAUCAACCAGGAGGGCCACCACCCAGCCCCAAUACCUGAAUUUUAACAAAACUAUAAAUUUAUGAACUUUUUGUUUGUUUUUACUUGGUUCGUAGUCAUUUUAUUCCCAAGCUUCCUUUCCCCCUGGCACUAAACACUAGUUUGGUGAGUAUUACAGAAAUUGAUCUUCAGUAUGUUUGUUUAUUUUGGGGCUCCACAGCUUGUGAAGCAUCCCCCCUGCAAGUAGAGAGAGGGGACUUGAACCCAGGUCCUUGUGCAUAAUACUAUGUGUGCUUAACCAGGUGUGCCACGGUUUCUUUAAGUAGCUAAGGGAGUUAUAACAUUGUUUUUUGGCAGCAGCAAAAAGCCUGGAUUUUGGAACUCUUCUAGUAAAGAUCCAAAAUAUAUGUUCAGCAAGUCA